AAAUGAUCAUAAUAUCAUAAAAAAACAAAAAUGCUUCAAAAACAUCUCUGGAACGGUCAAUAUGUAGUUUAGAUGUUAUAAAAAUUAUCUCGAAGUUAAAAUUAGAUUGGUAUAUGCCAAAAAUUUGAUGUGAUAUUGAUCCGAAUUUGAUGGCUUACCGUAUACAAAAUGAUUUUUUGCGCCUGUGAAGCAAAUGAAGAUGUUGCGCCUGGAAAAAACUUGCGAAUGACAAGGGGUUCAAAAUAUACCAGUAAUCAACAAGAUCCCGAUAGUUCAGACUCUAUCAAUGACGCUUUCGAAGAUAUGGGUCGCUAUGAGUCCCCCAUCAUAGCAGACGUACUCCUUCAAAUAACAAUGGUAAGGGUAUGUAGCCCCUUCAAAAUAACGGAAGGUGUGAACAAGUAUGUUCGAAUUGGAUAAAAAUUUAGCCUAUUUUCGUUAUUUUGAUCAAACUAAAGCACGUCUGUAUAAUAUAACCAUUUUCCAUGGAUAAUGGUUCUCAUCAAUAGACGGUUCUAUCUUUACAGACUAUUUAUUCUGUGUACCUUUCACUCAAACGAGGACAUUUUAGGAACACCAGCGGUCAAAUAAUUAUCGACAUCAGAACUUAAGGCUGAGUGUUAAGAGUGUCAAAGAUAAGCUAAAGUAACAUCCAAGCAUUAUAAUGGUAUAUCUUAUUGCCAUGUAUACAACCACAAACCUAAAAAAAAAGGUUAAAGUUAUAUCAAA